UUGUAAUUGUUUGAAAAUUAGCAAUUUUUAUCAUAAUUAAAGUUUGUGUGUACCAGAGAAAAUGAAUAUAUCCAGUUUUUCGCAAAAUCCAGCAGAUGCUAGUGAAAAUGAGACCAUAAACCGUGCUAAAACAUUUGUUUUGCCGGGCAAAUGUUUUGAACGACGUGCAGCAUGCACUUGGAGAAGAGGAAAUAAAUUCUCAAUAUUUUCAAGAAGUCAAACUACCAGUAAAAGUGCGCCAGCAACGAGUGAUGACAGAAUUCUAAACAUUCGUCAAGAUAUAUUACUUUUCCAUCCAAUUUUACGUAAAUUAGUAAACGAAUCCAACGGGACAUUCUUGUCCCUGCAAAAAGCCGCGGAAGCGAAUAAAAACUUGGAUAACCAUGUUGAAUUUUUGAAGCAUUCUCGCCAAUACCGCUCAAUCAUUCGAGUUUGCAUUGAAAACCUCCAAGAAGCUGCGUCCAAAGAGAGCGAUGGCGUUGAAAAGAACAACGUUUUAACCUGUAUAACAAUAUUUUACUCUAUAGAGUGCGUGUGGCAUUUGUGUGAAAUCCUAUACGUGGACAAUGUCCCUGGAGAUUAUGUACUACCAUUUUUACUUGAAUGGGUCCGGUUCCACUUUCCAUGCCAUGAGCAGAUGGCGACGCAGCUGCUGGAUGCAUGCGAGCGGGGCUCCGAGGAGCACCCGGAGUACUGGGACACUGUCAUAGGCAUGAUUGUGCAGGGGAGAGUGGAUGUGGCACGGGCACUGUUGAAGCUACACUCCGCUACAGAUACUACUGAGUUUAAACUGGUUGAUAACUCUUUAAAAAGUAUGCCAAUUUACAGUGUAUAUGGAGGUUUAUCAACUGGAGAAUUCACAAUAACCUGGAAGCACUGGCAGGCCGAGUGCCGAUCCAAACUGAGCAGCCGGAGUGUUGCUUCACAGCCACACUUAGAACUCAUAAUGAGGCUCGUAACUGGCGAUUACUCGGCAUUCGAGAGCAUCCUAUCCAAAUACGACUCAUGGCUCUACAUUCUCGGCGGCUGGACCGUGUUCACCAUGCCGUGGGCGAAGCGGCACGAACUGCGCGCCGCCGCCGCCGCGUGCGCCGGCAUGCGCGGAGCGGGCCGCAGCGCGCUGCACGACCUGCUGCGGCCUGCGGUCGAGGGGGAACUGCAUCAGGUGAUUCACGAAAUCCAGCAGAUAUCAGAUAACGGUUGGUUCGCGACACAUCUCACAGACAUCCUGGUCCACUGUGGCAAACUGAAGAUCUUAGAUAAGCAUCAGACUGACGUGACCAGCCGCCUCCGCGACAGCCUGAUCCUGGAGUAUGGUAGCCUGGUGAUGGAGCACGGCUCGUUGUGGCCGGUAGGGCUGUCGUACCUGUGCUCGACCCCGCCCGAAGGCCCGGCGCGCGCCGAGCUGCUGCUGGCGCGCCUGCCCGUGCGCACGGAGACUAAAGCGCUGAGGGUCGCCGCUGAGGCGCAGAAGUAUGGCCUGCACAACGUCGUGCGGUCGGUCUGCCUGUGUUUGGGCGCGCGGCACCUGUCGGCGGGGCGCUCGGGCGCGGCGCUGGCGUGGGGCAUGCGCGGCCGCGACUCGGCGCUGUGCGCGCGCGCCGCCGACGCCGCGCUGCGCGCCUACACCCGCUGCGGCGCGCUGCCGGCCCAAGACCUGCUGCCCGCCGCGGGCGUCGGCCUGCUGCUGCACCACAGAGCACUAUUGUUAGGCAAAUACUGCGACUUCCACAGAUUGUACAAGAACAGGGAAUUCAGGAAAGCUGCCAAGUUGCUCAUAUCUCUACUGACCUCAAAGAUUGCACCAGACUACUUCUGGGAAACCCUUCUCCUGGACACCCUACCCCUGCUGGAGUCGGACGAGCCGGUGUUCUCCGCCGCGGACACGUUCGAGGUCAUGCUGUGCCUGGAGCUGCGCGCGCGCAGCCUGGCCGGCGAGCGCGCCGAGCUACUGCGGCUGGCCUGCGCGCGCAACCUCGCCCGCACUCUGCUGCAGGACGUCAAUGAGGAAUGA